AUGGGUUGGAUAUCUUCAGUCCUCGGCACCGACAAGUCGGCAGACCCCCUCGCAAAACUCGACCCUAGCCUUCGCGACUUUCUCGAGAAAGAAUCUCCCCUCAAAUACCCUACAAAUCAAUCCAAGAAUACUCCUUCGGCACCUCAGCAACCCGGUCAGGAUGAUGCUGCGGUGACAGCGACACAACCCCAGAAGCCAGACGUUCCCUCGGCGAGCCUGUAUCAGGACGGACGAUAUGCUCAUCUCUGGAAGAGCUAUCAACCACUCGCCGAGAUCGAAGCCGAGACAGCGACCGACCAUGACAAGUUGAUGAGUGUUUUGGAAGCGUACAAGGAACGAAAAGAAGCGAUUGGCAAGGCAGCUUUGGAGAACUGCGCAGAGUCUCAAGAAGAGUGGGUGAAUUGUAUGAAGCAUGGGAGCUGGGAGGACCAAAUGCAGAUGUGCAGACAUCAAGUGCGCAGGUUUGAGAGGUGUUACAUGAUGCAAUCGCGAUUCCUUCGUGCGCUGGGACACGGAUCAGUAGUGGGCAGAUCACCCGCGGUGGAAGAAGAUAUUCAAAUGCAUGCCGACUCUCUCUACCAACGGAUGUUAAAGCACGAAGAUGCAGUAGAAAAGGCCAAGGCCGAAGGACUCCCUGCUCCCGUCUUCCAGACAACAUUACCCAAGGCCAAGAUAGGCGCAGUCCUGCCCACUGAGGAACUUCAGCAGCAGUGGAAGGAACAGCUUGAUAAGCUACCAGCUGAGGAGCGCCUAGUCGAGGAGGCUGCUCUUCGCGCCGAUCUUCAAGCCAAGGCUGAAGUUGCGGGCAAUGUCCAGAAGAUCUGGGAUACGCAGGCGGAGCAGAGGAAACAAAGACAGGCAGAGGGCAACUCAACAUUUGGGGACUAUGUUGCCUCCCUGUUUGGAAGAUCUGGAAAAUAA